GUAAUCUCAGCUCCCUGGAAAGUGAACUGUGUAGAGUCAUGAAACAGUGCGGGAGACUGGGAGAGGGUUUUUGAUGCUGCCCGGAGAGGAUGCAGGCCUUUUUACUUCGCUGCGUUUUUCUCUGGGCGACGUUGCCGCGGAGCAACAUGCAAAUUGCUGUACCUGCCACAGUGUUGAACUGCUGUGAAGGGGAUAUUCUCCUUUUGCUGGACUCCUCAGGAAGUCUUGCAAACUACGAGUUCUCACGCCUGCUGCAUUUCACUGCCGAGCUGCUUCGCCCCUUCUCAUUGGGCCGUGGGCAUGUAAGAGUCGGGCUGCUGCAGGUGGGCACGACCCCAAACCUGAAGUUCGACCUGGACGUCCACAGCAGUCAGGAAAGUUUGCAGACAGCCCUGCAAAGUGUCAGCCACCUGCAGGGAGACACCAACACUGUGGCGGCGCUCAAGGUGGCCCAGCGGCUCCUGACAGAGAAGAACGUCCCAAAGGUGCUGCUGUGGCUGACUGAUGGUGUGGAGCCUGGAGACGUGGACAAGCCCAUGACGGAGCUGAAGGCGCAGGGAGUUUCUGUGUUAAUUAUAUCUACAGUACAUGGUAACUACCAGGUGUUACAACGUGUAGUGACACCUCCUCUGGAGUCCCACCUCUACUCUGUGGACAUUGAUAACAUCGACAUCAUCACAGAAGACCUGAGGGAGGCCAUCAUCAAAAUUAUUCGUGCAGAACGGCUGAGUGUGGUUCACUUGACUUCCCACAGUGCUGUGCUGCAAUGGCGUCCUAUUCUCAGAGCAGACAGCGGUUACUAUGAGCUCUGGUAUAACUCCAUAUUGAAUACAGAACCUGAGAGUAGACGUACCCUCUCAGGUGACUCCAGCUGGGUAGAGCUGACUAACCUCCAGCCUGAUACCACCUAUACAGCAUCCCUCCGCCCAGAGUCCAACCACAGGCUGUUUAACACACUCUCUGUUGACUUCACCACACUUCCUGAUGUUUUAAGCCCGGCAGUGGUCUCUGUGUCAGACUCCGGCCCUCAUCAGAUCCGUGUGAGCUGGGGUCCCCUGCAACUGGCUCGGGUCCAGAGAUACACGGUGGAGUACGGAGCCAUCCCGAGCGGACAUGUCCAGACUGUGACGUUAGACAGCCACAAAAACUCGACCUUACUUACCGGCCUGGAGCCGGGCGCUCAGUACCUGGUCACAGUCAGUGCUCUGCAUAUGAAUGGGAAAGAAAUAGCCAUGUCAGUGAGGGCAUGCACUCAGGAGGCUCUGCCUGCUCUGGCCGACCUUCAGCUGACCCCAGUGGGGCGUCAGGAGGUGCAGGUCGCAUGGCAGGCCCAUCAGGAAGGCUUGAAAGGUUAUUGGCUGAACUGGGAGAGAGAAAACACUCACAGGUCCUCCUCAAAGUCCUCUGUCUACCUGUCUGCUGCCUCUCAAUCCACACGGCUCACACAUCUCGCCCCGAGCAGCCGAGUGUGUGUGUCUCCAGUCUAUAGCUCAGGCCUAGGAGACGGGUUAUGCUGCACCGCCGAGAGUCACACAGAUUCCAGCCAGUGGGGUUAACAGCCAGAGUCUGAAGCACCGUCUGCAGCAAAAAACAUGGAUGAAAUCAAGCAUUAAGUGCUGGAUGCACUAGAUAACUUGUGCAGGACUGAAUAUUAUUUCAAGUUAAGUUCAGUUUUCAUCUUAAAAUGAAUUACAAUGACAGAAAAGACUUUAUCGCAUCACCUCAGCCCUCACAAUGGCUGAGUAAAUACCAAGCAUAAUAGUCUUUUUCUCCUGCAAAUGAAAAUAUCACCAACUUCAUAAGAAGUGCCACAGCACUAUACCUUUGUUCAGACGUAUCAGUUAGUCGGGAACAUACACAGCUGCAGAGUAUGCAUAUUCAACAUUCAGUCAGUAUGAGGAACUACUGUUACUGAAAAAAGUUGUUCAUUAUUCUGAUUACCAUUCUGCAAUUUCAGCCUUCUCUUAAAUUGUACUGUUAAUAAUAUAAUUAUAAUUAUAGCUGGUAUUUACUUGAAAUUAAAUGAAAACGUAUUUACUGUACCUUCCUACUGGCCCUGGUGUCAGAUCAUGUAGAGCUAAUGCUAUGCAAUUAAAAAUACAAGUACCAUAAUGAAUUUCAACCUGAGAAUCUGAGCUGCAGGAGCCUGAUAAUCACAUUGACCUGCAUUUAAUUUUCACAGCAUUAGUAAUUUCAGUUGCUACAAAAAGAGACAUGGGCAUCAAUUUGGAGGCCUGGCACUACAGUGGUAUUGCCACAAAGUCCUCACACAGGUCACCAUAUCCCUCAAACCCUUUUAAAACACAGUAUUUUAAAUUCAAUGAUGUCUUCAUUCACAAAUGUAAUAUCUUUCCACUACUAGUUUUCACAUGAAUGUUGUUAAAUGAGUUAGUCUAAUAUUAGCCUGAAGCUGAAGAAACUUUGAAUGCUUAGGACUAUGACUUUGCCUGUUAAUGUUUUUCUCAGAUUGGCAAAUCACUUGCUCUGACUGCGGAUGACUCAUCCUUUGAAACGUAUGAAAGCAGUGUUAAUUUGUGAAAAUGAUCAAAAUACAUUGAUAUAACACAGAGUGGUAUCAGUGCAAAGUUACUGUCUACAAUCCGAGGGCUGCCGACACCAAAUCAUGAUAGAUAUGAUGAGUUGAUAGAAGAUAAAAGACCAACAAAAAAUAAUGCUGCAUCAUAGUCCUUUUGGAAUAAUUUUCAGUCACCAGAUUUCUGCUUGUUAUUUACCACUUUGUGGCCUCUCAAGUGACUCUUCACUAGUUGGACUGUUGAUUGUGUUGAUUAUAGGAGUUUAAAAUGUUCUGAUUUUAAAGCUGAUCACGAAUAAGUUAGGAAAAAAUGUUUUUUUUGCCCAGAGAGAAAAGCUGCAUUCAUGAUUUUCUGGGUUUCACUGAGUGAUGGACAUUUAGCAGGCAACAAGCAAACAAGCAGCAAAUACAGAAAUCACAGACGGGUGCGUUUCUGUAUUGCUGUGAGUGAUAAGAAGCAGGGAGGAAGUGAUGCCUGCAUGAAGAUGAUUGUGGUAUUUUAUGUUAUCCACUUUUGAGAUCAGAGUAAAUUCCUCUCUGUACCAGCAUCCGGUUUCUGUACAUUGUGUACGCUGCAGAGUACAGAGUGAAUAUCUACUGUGAAUAUUAUUUUUUUUUACAUUCUUUGCUUUGUAUUUAACUUUAUGUGCUACUGAAUUUGUGGCCAGGUUUGUCUGGUGAAAUGUUUUUCUUAGCAAAUUAAAUGACAAGAUUUCCAGAUAAAAAAAAAAAACAUAUUUGCACUGUGUCCAUAUGCAUUUGAUCUUUUUGUAAUUAAUAGGGCAUAAAAAGUUCUCUAUUAAAAAUGUGUUGUUCUCUC